AUGUUUCGUACGUACAGCGCAAUAGAUACAAGCCCACUCAGCAAAUAUGUGAUGCAUCCGGCUUGGAACACCGCUGUAAAGAUAUUCCCAAAAUGGGUUGCCCCAAACCUACUCACGUUUCUGGGGUUUGUCUGCAUGCUUGUGGAUGUGGUCCUCUUGAUGUACUAUGACUACAAUAUGACUGCGUCCGGGGGCCAGCCGGGGGCCACGCCCAUACCGAGGUAUAUCUUCACGAUCUGUGGUAUUCUGCUGUUCCUGGCGUAUAAUUUGGAUGGUAUAGACGGCAAGCAAGCCAGAAGGCUGGGAGUGUCGGGCCCUCUUGGAGAGAUGUUUGACCACGGGAUCGACUCCUAUAUAGUGUUCCUCAUACCCUUCUGCCUCUUUUCCGUGUUUGGGAGGGAUGAAUACUCCCUUUCAGUAUUUCGGGGCUACUUAGUAGUGCUUAGUGUGGUGCUUAACUUCUACGUGAGCCAUUGGGAGAAAUACAACACGGGGAUCCUGUAUCUGCCUUGGGGAUAUGAUCUAAGCAUGUGGGUGUCCAGCAUAAUGUUCCUGGUGGCCGGUCUGCGAGGACCCGAGGUAUACAAGACGCACGUGCUCGGUAUGACCUUCGUAGAAGCCUUGGAAGUGGCCAUCCACGCCACUGGACUGUUCACCACACUGCCUAUAGCCGUGUAUAAUGUGCUUCUGUCAUACAAAAAUCGAACAGGCAAAAUGUACUCACUACCAGACGCACUUCGACCAAUAUGGCCGAUGAUGAUAAUGGUGGGAACGAUGACGUCAUGGGCUGUGACGUCACAGGGCGUCAUCGAGCGCGAUUUGAGGGCAUUCCUUCUGCUGUUUGGCACACUUUUUAGUAAUAUUGCGAGUCGUCUCAUAGUAGCAGAGAUGAGCGAACAGCGUUGCGACACGAUAUCGUGGAUAAAUGUGCCCCUUGUGCUUGGGGUGGGGGCAGCGAUGUAUCUGCCCCAUUGCGAAUUGGGCAUUUUGUACUCGCUGACUCUGUUUGCUGUUUGUGCCCAUAUUCAUUAUGGUGUUUGUGUGGUCCGGCAAAUGUGUGAUCACUUCAAAGUGCAAUGCUUCAAAGUUCCUAAAGACAAAAGAAAAUAG